GAGGGGGUGUCCCUCACUGUCUCCCACCCACCCCACACAGUCGUGUGCCCCUGCCCCACAGCCCCACACGUCCAGCCAUACCCCCUCAGCUGCCACUGCCACCAGGCCGGUGCUGAGCUGGGGGGUCAGUGACUCAUCUAAUCCCUUAGGCAGGUGCCCUGCACCCCCAACCCCAGCCUGUCACCCCCUCAGCAGGAGAGGCCUGAGGCUCGAGGCCCCAGAGGAGCUUUGGACCUGUUGGGUAUCUUGAGGUGUGGGAUUAACGCACUGAGAUUGGGCAGAGAUAAGGGUUUCAGGGGACAAAAAGAAACAUUUGUUUGAAACAUGCCAGAGUGUCUCCACCCCGCAUCAGGACAGACUGACGGAGUGGGCUGGGGACAGGCUACCCCAUAUCCCUUCUGGCGCCCUGAGCGCCCCCUGCCCUCUGACCUGGGCCUCCAGAUCACAGCCUUGUCCACUCACCAGAGCCCUGGCACCACGGCCACACCAUGCCCGGCCAGUGCCCUGCCCAACCCUGCUCCCUUCCAGAUUCCCACCCAGGCAGCCAUUCUCAGGUACACAAUGUGCAGGACUCACUGUGACCUGCCCACCAGGCCCCCCACGAGGCAGACCCUGCAGAGGCACCAAGCAUUUUGAGGCUUGGAGGUGAGGGUGAGCUUCUGGGUGGCCUUCCCGGAGAAGGGGGCUUAGGGCUGUGCCUGAGCUCAAGGUAGGGGGGAUUCCAACAUCCCAGAGGGGCUGCAGAAGGCCGAAGAGGCAGGAUGGGUGAGCAGCAGGCCCCCUAGCCCAGAGGCCCGUCAGAACUACCCUCAGCUGCCAGGCAUCCGGCCCCACCCCGGAGGAAAGGCAACGGAUGGCUGGGGUUGGGUGGAGGGAGCCAGGCCAGAGCGCUGCAGGGUGCAACUUGAUCAGAAGCCUGUCACAGUGGGUGCAGUCCCAGGCCAGCCGCCCCAGGGCACCUCAGGGGCGUAAAGCCUACAGAGGAGCCACCUCAGCUCUGCCCUGCUCCCGUGUCCGGAGGAGACGCCAUCUUGCUGCACGAUGCUUCGGGCUCUGCUGAUCAGUUCCCUCCUUGCCCUGCUCUGGGCGUCCCCAGGCCAGGCCCAGGUCCCCAUCCAGGCCAACUUUGAUGCCAGCCAGGUGUGCCCAGCCCUGUUUCCUCCUCAUCUCCAAUGAGUCCUCCCGGCUUUGGUGCUGCACCCCGGGUCCCUGUCCACACCCUCUUUGAUCCAGGCUCAGCAGGGCUAGGGGCAGGGGAAACCCCCACCUCACCUGCUCCGUCUGACUGGAGUAGGGGUUGGCUGGGGAAGACUGCAGCCUCCAUCCUACCUUUUCAGUUGCAUCCCCCAACACUCCCCAGGGCCCAAAAUUGGGGCAAGUUGCAGUUGCCUGUGCCUCACUGUCCCCCACCCACCCCACAUAGACCUGUGACCUUGCCACAGCCCCACCCAUCCAGCCGUACCCCCUGGGUGCCAGCUGCAGACAGGCCAGUGCUGGGCUGGUGAGGGCCAGUUGCUCAUGUACUGAGGCCCCCCUCCCUCAGUUCUGCAUCGGGGUCGAGAUGUGUACAGCAGCCCCUGCCCUGGCCAGGAAGCAGCUGUGUCGGGGCAGAAUGUGGUGGGCUCAGGCCCAGGGCACAGGGGCGGCCUCCCAGCCUUCCCUGCACUUGCCCUGCAGUUCCAGGGCACCUGGUACAUGGUCGGGGUGGUGUCAGAUGACCAGGACUUCCUGGACUCCAAGGACACCAUGAAGAUGGCUGUGGUCUUAGUGACCCCCUUGGGGAACGGUGACCUGGCCCUCAAGUUUGGAUACCCCACGCCCGAUGGCGGGUGCCAGAAAAUGGACACGACCUUCACCAAGGGUGCUACUGUACAGGGGCAGUUCAGCAACCCAGCCAUGGCCCUGACUGACAUCCGAGUGGCCUUCUCCGACUACCAGCACUUUGCCUUGCUGUACUUGGAGACGCGGAAAGGGGGCCUGCGGAACCAGUGGCUGCAGCUCUACGGUGGGCGGGCUGCGGGGCGGAGACCCAGACACCCCCGCUUCGGGUUUGGGAUGUCACCCCUGUGCCUGCACCAGCCCGUUCUGCACGCGGAAGGCGGAACCGCUGGCUCCUGGUGUCUGUGGCCGCGGGUCCCGCCCCUCCCUGCCCCUCUGGCCCCUCCCUGCCCCUCUCUCCCUCUCUUCGCCCCUCCAGCCCCUUGCCUUUAGCUUACCCGCCCUCCCCACCUUCAGCUCGAGCGCCCGAGCUGUUUCCCGAAGGCGCCCAGAAGAUGCAGCUACUGGCGCCCCAAGUGGGCCUGAGCCCCAGCCAGGGCGUCCUGCUGCCGAAGUCGGGUGAGCGGUGCCGGCAGCCCUGCUGGGAGGGCCAGGCCCCGGGUCACAUCCCUGCUGGGAGGGCCAGGCCCUGGUCACUCCACUGAUCUCAGAUUCGGGACAGAAGUGCCCGGGGCACACCCAGCUUGUCUGGGUCGGGGGAGGGCGAGACGUUGCCCAGGCCAGUGUUCCCAGGAGGAGAUCGCCUUGGGGCAGGUCGGGGGCCUCCGUCCCAGGGAAGGGGGCGCGGGGUGGCGCCUCAGGCCCGAUCUCUCUGCAGACCAGUGUGCGGGCGCGCGGAGCCGCGGACCAUGGGCCCUCCCAGCUCGGUGGGCUGCACCGCGGGGCCCUCUACCUUCGGGGCAGCUAGGGACGACAGCGGGGGUGAUGGGGCCCCCCGGGCGGAUCCGAGCCGCAGCAGCCUGGGGAACCGCGGGGCUGCGCGUCGGGACGAGGCGGAGGCAGGGGACGCCCCCCACCUGCUCCUUGUUUUGCAGUGAGGGGUCCAGCCCCUGAGUGCCCGCAGGGGUCAGCUGCUCCGUGCGCCCAGCCCUCCCCAAAGAGCCCCCUCCCUCCACACCCUGGCCCCAAGCGCAAUAAACACCCUGAAUGCC